AUGGAGGAUAAAUCUGUGACCAUCCCAACAAGGAAUUUCAUGAAAAAUCGGUUGCUUUCCAAGAAGCAAUUUAUCAUUGGCGUGUUACAUCCAGGACGUCCCAAUGUUUCUAAGCUGAGGCCUGAGUUGGAGGAGAAAUUGAAAAGGAUGCAGUGUGAAGUGAAAGAUCCAAAUUCCAUAUUUGUAUUCAAGAUUGGUCUUAAUACCAAGGUUGAGAAGUCCAGGAAGCAGCCGAAGGAGAGAAAGAAAACAGCAAUUAAGAUCCGUGGUCUGAAGAAGACUAAUGCUGCUGAGGCCAGCAAGAAGAAAUGA